AUGUGUCGUCUUAUUUUAGAGGUGCUAAUUUAAUUCUAUUAACAUAGUUUGUGUUAAUUAUGUUAGGUGUCCAUAGAUUCAUUUGUAUGAAUAAAAUCUACUUAUUACUUAUCAAAAAAAAAAAAAAAAAAGGUGUCCAUAGAUUUUCGCAUGGCACUAUUGUGAGGCAAUUCAAAGAUAUUUAAAACUUCAAGUAAGUGGUGCUCCUAUGCUAGACUUUGCCUAAAAACUAACUGAGAUUGAUUUUGUGAAGAACUUGCAUAUUUUUGUCUUGAAAACAACCUCGGUCAUUUUCUACAAUAUUCUUUGUAUUUGAACAAGAAAAUAAAAUAUUUGUAUCAUGACUUAUGUAGACAUGAGUAUUUUUGGUACUCUAUUCUCAACUACAUAAAAAGCGAAUAUGAAGUCUAAAAUUUUUAUACGAUUAUAUGAUAUUUACCUGCUCAGUACUCUGUUAUGAUAUGAUAUUGCAUUCAAAAACCCUCUAGCAUGACAUUUCAUUUAUGCUUCUGUUUUGACCUUACUAUGGGUGUAAAACUAUGGCAUCUGUUAUUUAUGUUGGUACCGACAUCUCUGUUUCUAAGUGCACCCACUUUGGAGACAAAAUGGUUUUUUUGUGUGAGUCUUUCAUAUGUGCACCCUUGGUGCCCCAAGUUUAAAAGGGGGAGAGUUCAUUUCUGUUUAUGUCCGGUUUGCCGCUGGAAAUAGCACAACCCUACCAUAAGGAUAACUUUGAUAAUUGUGACAAUUGGAAUAAAUGACACGUGUCUAGAUUAGAAGAGAAAGGCUAAAAGGAUUCACCCCAGGAUACAGGGCGUCACAAAAACGUUGUAAAAACAUUGAGAUUUCCAACUUGUAUUGGGCAGGCUUGUUUAUCUGGCCUUCACAUCAUUUUCUUGGUAGGCAACGCCCGUAAAUACUCACGCCUUAUUUAAGCCGAAACAACUUGUAUUGGGCAGGCUUCUUUUACCCACUCCCAUAUAUACCAUGCUGGUAAAGUCUCCCAUGCCCACCUUGACCCCAAAACAACUGAACCAGAUCCAUGCUCAACUCCUCAAAAACCCUCAACCCUUCCUCUUAAAUCCUUUGUUAGGGCUUCUCACCAACUCAGCCACCCCACAAAAUGCUCUUGUUCUCUACAACCAAAUGCUCCACCGCCCAUCCUCCCACAACCAUUACACCUUCACCUAUGCCCUCAAGGCAUGUUCCUUGUUGCAUGCCCGCCAAAAGGGCCUUGAAAUCCAUGCACGAGUUCUCAAGUCUGGUCACUAUUCUGAUAUAUUUAUAUCUAACUCCUUGCUUCAUUUCUACCUUGUCGGGAACGACGUCGUGUCCACUUGCCAGGUUUUCGAUUCGAUAUCUUCUCCUGAUGUUGUUUCCUGGACUUCAAUCAUUUCGGGGCUUUCUAAGUGCGGUUUUGAAGAGGAAGCCAUCUUUAAGUUUUCUUCCAUGGAUGUGAGGCCCAAUUCUACUACUCUUGUUAGUGUUAUGUCUGCCUGUGCUAGCCUGAGAGCAGUUGAGCUUGGUAAAGCCGUUCAUGGAUAUAUUUUGAGGAAUAUGGAUGAAAGCAACGUUAUUUUGAGUAAUGUGAUACUGGAUUUCUAUGUAAGAUGUGGGUCUUUGACGAGCGCAAAGUACCUGUUUGUGAACAUGCCUAAUAGAGAUGUGUUUUCGUGGACCACAAUGGUGAGUGGCUAUGCACAGGGAGGAUCUAGUGAAGAGGCAGUGAGGGUUUUUCAGGAAAUGGUGGAAGUGGGGGAAGCUCUGCCUAAUGAGGCCACGAUUGUCAGUGUAUUGUCAGCAUGUUCUUCGAUUGGUGCAUUGAGUUUGGGUCAAUGGGUGCACUCCUACAUUGAUUCGCGAAGUGACAUAUCAGUGGAGGGUAAUGUGGGAAAUGCUUUGAUUAACAUGUAUGUUAAAUGUGGGCAAGUGAGUCUGGCAAUUCAGGUUUUUAACAAGCUUAUUUGCAAGGAUAUCAUAUCAUGGAGUACCAUUAUUAGUGGCAUGGCUAUGAAUGGCCAGGGCAUGCAAGCCUUGCAGCUCUUCUCGCUCAUGCUAGUUCUUGGAGUUCCUCCAGAUGAUGUAACCUUCAUUGGCUUGUUAUCUGCCUGCAGCCAUGCAGGGCUUGUAGAUAAAGGGCUGAUGUUCUUUGAAGUCAUGAAAAAUGUUUACGGGAUCACGCCCCAAAUGCAGCAUUACGCUUGCAUGGUAGACAUUUAUGGGCGUGCAGGGCUAUUGGAGGAAGCAGAGGAGUUCAUCAGGCAGAUGCCUGUGGAAGCUGAGGGACCAAUUUGGGGAGCUUUGCUUAAUGGCUGUAGAGUUCAUCGGAAUGAGAAGAUGUUUGAACGGAUCAGGCAAUGCCUUCUUGAUACAAGAGGUGUCAGUAUUGGGACUUUUGCCUUAUUGUCAAACACAUAUGCUAGUUCUGAUAGAUGGGAAGAUUCUAGUAAGGUACGUGAUGCAAUGAGAUGCAUGGGGUUGAAAAAGAUGGCAGGAUCUAGCUGGAUAGAGGUCGAGCCCUCCACCAAUGACCAGGAUAACCCGGAUGCAUGCUAUGCAUUUGCAGGAAAAUAAUCUGCCAUUAUGCCAUGAAUUAUCAUGGCAUGCACACAUUGAGCUCGUCAAUUGUACCACAUUGCUAGACUCCGGAUAAUAUAAUGAUAUAACCUUCGUUGGCUUGAUAUCUGCAUGCAGAUAUUCAAGGUUGUAUAAUCAAGACUUGAUGUUCAGAAGCAACCAAUAAUGUUUAUUUACGAAUGCCAUCCUAAUGAAGCAUUACGUGGCAAGGUUGAUAUG